AUGGUACUCGACGAAUCGUCGCAGAAAAUGCUAACGGACCUCAAAAGAAAACGGGGCGUCAUAAAGGCAUCGUUAACGCGAAUAAUAACAUUUGUAAACAAAUUUGAUCCCGUCGAACAUGCAACUUCACUCCUCGAUUUUCGACAAGAAGAGCUGCCGCAGAUAAAUCGAAAGUUCGAUGCUAUUCAAUGUGAAAUUGAAUUAAUCGCAGUAGAUGAUAUAGAAGGCGCUGAACAAGAAAGAGCAAAGUUUGAGGCUGAUUAUUAUAAUAUAAGAUCCCGUAUACAAGAGCUAAUAAAUGCAGAAAGACCAACUAGUACGACAGGACAGAAUGUGUCAUUUGGAAACACCUCAAUUAGCAAUCGAGUGCAACUAGCUCCUAUACCAUUACCCCAGUUCAAUGGCAACAUUCAAGAUUGGCCAUCAUUCUACGAUGUUUUUAAGGCACUGGUUCACCACGACGAGUCACUAUCAGCUGCGCAAAAGUUUUAUUAUUUGAGAUCGUGUCUAAGCGACCAAGCGUUAGACUUAGUGAAAUCCAUCCCGGUUAGUGAUGGUAACUAUGAAGCAGUAUUACAAGGGCUCAAACAACGCUACGAUAAUAAAAGCUUGAUUAUACAAUCACAUAUCAGGUCAAUUUUGGAUUCUCCAAGGAUAGAAGAAGCAUCGGCUAGUUCAUUGCAAGAAUUACAUUCUCAUGUUUGUGCACAUGUAGCAGCAUUACGAGCAAUAGAGCAACCAGUAGAACACUGGGAUGCUUGGCUAGUCACUAUUGUCAUAGAUCGACUUGACAAGAACACUGCACAUGGAUGGCAGCUACACCAAAGAAAUACAGAGCUACCAAAAUUUAAGCAAUUGGAGGAGUUUCUAUCCAGUCGAUGUGUAGCCUUUGAAUCAUCGGAAGCAGCAGCUGGGCACAAAAAGGAUAUCAAAACUAAUAUGGCUGUUGAAGCAGCUAAGAGAAGUAGUGUCAAACAUUCCGCUACUGAAGCAAGGCGAGCUUUAGUAGCAUCUACCGAAACUGUUUUCUGUCAUUACUGUACCAAGCUACAUAAAUUAUAUAAUUGCGAAGAUUUCAAAGCAGUUCCAUUAAACGCACGCCUCUCAUUUGUUCAAGGAAAAGGAAUAUGCUUCAAUUGUCUAUCUUCGGGACAUAUGGCAAAUACUUGUAGAUCCACUUACAGGUGUCGAACGUGCAACCGUAAUCAUCAUUCAUUAUUGCAUUUUGAAAAGAAAGAAAAAACAGAAGAGAAGGAGCAGCUCAAAGGACAACAACCGGAUAAAGGUCAAACACCGUCUACGUCUGCAAUCCUUGUGUCUGCACCUGUACCAGCAAAAAUCGCCAGGGUAAACUCUCACGUAUUUCUUGCGACAGCUUUAGUUAUAGUUCGAGAUAAAAAUGGUGGACGACGCCAGUGCAGAGCUAUCUUGGAUAGCGGUUCCCAAGUCAACUUUGUGUCAAAAAGAUAUGCAAAUCUAUUACAACUAACAUGUAAGAAGUCUUUAUUACCAAUAAGUGGUAUUGGAGACAAUUGGUUAAGAGCAAGGUCAUGUAGCGAGUUGAAGGUUGAAUCAAGAACGAAUGAAUUUAGUAUUAAUAUUUCUUGCUAUAUAUUGCCUAAUAUAGUCGGAGAAUUAGCGUCUUGUCCAGAACCGGCAGGUGGAUGGGGUAUACCAGGGACUGUGGUUCCACUUCUGGCUGAUCCGGAUUUCCAUCGACCUCAAGGUAUCGAUCUGCUUAUUGGAGGUGGCUCGUUCUUUGAUGUUUUGGGAACAAAAAAAAUACCACUAAAUAUAGGUUCAGUCACAUUACAUGAAAGUAGCUUCGGAUGGCUCGUAACAGGAGAACUUUCUAACCACCAUACACCGGCACUUUUCUCAAUGGGUCAAACAAUAGAGGAAGAUUGGAAGGUGCUCAGCAGCAUUGAAGAUACAAGCUAUGGCCGAGCAUCAAAAGCGAAUAAGAGAUGUCAAGAAGAGCAAGAAACACUCCAACAUUUUAAGCAACACACCAUCCGUGAUGAGGAGGGACGUUUUAUCGUACGGCUUCCCACCAAACAGGCAAUCAGUGAAUUAGGGACUACAUUACCUAUGGCGACCGCACGUUUUUUGAAUGUUGAGAAAAGAUUACAACAUGAUGAGCAUCUGAAGGCCGAGUACAUACGAUUUAUGAACGAAUAUAUUGAAAUGGGACACAUGGUUCAAGUAAUGGACGAUUCAGUUCAGACGCAGAAUCCCUUCUAUCUACCACAUCAUUCGGUAAUAAAAGCAUCAAGUUUAACUACAAAGGUCCGAGUGGUUUUCGAUGCCUCUGCCAAAAGUACAUCUGGCAUAUCUCUUAAUGAUGUCUUGAGGUGUGGUCCAGUUGUUCAGCAAGAUUUAUUUUCAAUCCUCGUUCGCUUCCGCAAGCAUCAAUUCGUUUUAACUUCGGAUAUAGAAAAAAUGUUUCGCCAAAUAAAGGUGGCAAGGGAAGAUUGGGACCUACAAAGAAUUGUUUGGAGAUCCAGCCCUGAAGAAUUACUACGGUCGUACCAGCUAACUACAGUCACGUAUGGAACAACUCCUGCCUCAUUUCUGUCAACCUACUGUCUUAUAGCACUCGCAAAAAGUGUUGAGAAGGAAUUACCGAAAGCUGCAAAGGUGAUUGCCGAAGAUUUCUACAUGGACGAUCUAAUGACGGGAGCCGAUACAGAGGAUGACUGCUGUCGGUUGCAAAUAGAGGUUAGCUCAGUGCUAAACUCAGCAAAGUUACCAUUAAGGAAAUGGUGUUCCAACUCCGAAUUUGUUUUGCGAAACAUGUCCAAGUGUGUUGACGAUCCUUUGUUCGUAUUAGAUAUAGGAGAUGAUGACACGGUCAAGUCACUCGGGUUGCAGUGGAAACCAGUCGCAGACCAAUUUCAAUAUGACAUCGUAGCAAGAUCAUCAGAAGGUGCGUUAUCGAAAAGAGCUAUACUCUCUGACCUGAACAAAAUUUUCGAUCCACUUGGGUUCCUGUCGCCAGUUUUAGUGAAAGGAAAAAUAUUUUUACAACAGCUGUGGUCUAUGAAGAUAGACUGGGAUGCACGGCUUCCGGUAGACAUUCAGCAAAGAUGGAUUCGUUUUUAUGAUGAGCUUGAGCAGCUAAAGGAAUUGUCCAUUCCCAGAAAAGCUAUUCCCGAGCGCACCGAGAUCAUAGAUAUACAUGGAUUUUGCGACGCCUCGGAGGAAGCAUAUGGAGCCUGUAUCUAUAUUCGUACUCAGAGCAGCGAUGGAGAAUGGUAUUCCAGACUUCUAUGCGCUAAAACUCGAGUGGCCCCACUAAAAGGCAGCACAAUCCCACGCCUUGAGUUGAACGGUGCAUUAUUAUUAGCGGAGCUGGCCCAACGAGUUGCUGAGUCAUGGCAAAUCAACAUUCAUCAGUUCAAGCUUUGGACGGACUCAACUAUUGUACUAGGGUGGUUAAAUAGCCAGAGCAGCCGGCUAAAAACAUAUGUUGCAAAUCGAAUAGCUCAAAUCAUGGAUGUUACAGAGAUCAGCCAGUGGAACCAUAUAGUAACACAUGAAAACCCAGCGGAUAUCCCUUCAAGAGGUUUGGGGCCACGGGAGCUUUUAGAGGCAAAAUUGUGGUGGAAGGGACCCACCUGGUUGGAAAAGAAUGAGAAAGAUUGGAUCUUCAAUCCAAUAGUCAACACGAAUGAAGAGCUACCUGAAGUACGUAAAGUGAAACUAGUACUUGUAGCAAACAACUCAGUGAAUGAUAUAUUAGAACACUACUCAGAAUGGAACCAAAUGCUGCAAGGAAUAGCUUGGCUAACAAUCUAUUCAAAGUUCCUGCGUAAGAAGAUCAAUGGACCUCAAUCUUUAAGGAUACAUGACUUGAACGAAGCGAGAAAAACGGUGCUAAGAAUGGUUCAAGCUGAGUGCUUUAGCAAAGAGAUCUUGUCGCUAGAAAAAGGACAAGAAGUAUCAAGAAAUAGCAAGUUACGGAGUUUGAAUCCUUUCCUACGCGAUGGUUUAAUACUGGUGGGUGGAAGACUCAACAAUUCAGACAUGGCGGAUAAACAUAAGCACCCUGUGGUAUUGCCUGCCGCUCAUAAAGUAACCCGUAUGAUAUUUGAAAAAUACCAUCUGGAGCUUCUUCAUGGAGGACCUCAACUCUUGUUGUCUGAGGUAAGGCGUUUAUACUGGCCACUGCUGGGUCGAGUAACUGCAAGGUCAGUGGUAUGGCGUUGUGUUCAAUGUACGAGAGCACAGCCGCGUUUUAAUCACCCAAUGAUGGCAGCGCUCCCAAGAGAUCGAGUGCAGUGUACUAGACCUUUCACAGUUACAGGUGUAGAUUUUGCGGGACCAAUAUAUAUUCGAAGUGGAUUGAGACGCGUGGCAGCUAAGAAGGCUUGGAUUGCAGUAUUUGUUUGCUUUUCCACAAAGGCCAUACAUUUGGAGUUAGUUGACGAUCUUUCGAGUAAGUCCUUUAUAGCGACAUUGCGUUGUUUUAUGUCUAGAAGAGGAAAAUGUGCUAAGAUUUAUAGCGAUAAUGGAACAAAUUUUGUCGGCGCUCAAAAGGAGUUAGUCUCAAUGAUGAAGAAGGCUAGUGUUGACUUAGAGAAAGAAGGUAUUGAGUGGCAUUUUAAUCCACCGGCUGCGCCCCAUUUUGGUGGUAUAUGGGAGAGUGCCGUCAAGAGUAUGAAGCAUCACCUGAAGAGAGUUAUAUCCGAUCAUAAGCUUACAAACACAGAAAUGCGUACACUACUAUGCCAAAUCGAGGCUUGUCUCAAUUCAAGACCGAUGACCCCCCUAAAUAGCGACCCUUCAGACUUAGCCGUAUUAACCCCAUCUCAUUUCUUGAUUGGAGGGGCUAUGUUGUUACCGGAUGAGCCAGACAUAUCCAAAGAAGAGCCUAAGGGUCUACGAAGAUGGCAGCUUGUGCAAAAUCUAAUGCAAACAUUUUGGAAGAGGUGGUCAAAGGAGUAUUUACCGCAAACUCAAAUUCGUGGCAAGUGGACGAGUAAGAGCGUGCAACUAGCAAAGGACGAUGUUGUAAUCAUAAAGGAUGACUGUAUGCCUCCAGCCAAGUGGAAGUUAGGUAUAGUCGUGGAAUUACAUCCUGGCUCCGAUGGUACAGUUCGGGUUGCCACACUAAGGACAGCAAACGGGACGCAUAUGCGUCGUCCAGUCAUCAAGUUAUGUAGGCUACCGACGGACAAGAACAACACAACAGUUGAAACCCAAGACUUUCAACGGGGGGAGAAUGUUGCCGCCAUAGAAUAG